CUAAAUACAGCCAAAAUUGAUCACUAAAUUUUGUAUUUAUUUUAAAAAAACAUACACAAAUUAAGUGCACUAUGAAAAACAAUCUACUUCACUAUGGCAGUGCACUGAACAACUAUAAGCCUUACAUUGCGAUGCUGCUAACACAGUUAGUCUAUGCAGGCAUGGCUUUGUUCUCCAAAGCUGCCAUUUCUAAAGGAAUGAACCCUUUCGUUUUCGUCGUAUAUCGACAAGCUUUUGCAUUCGUCGCAUUAGCUCCGCUCGCUCUUUUUCUUGAUAGAAAGAAGGCACCUCCUUUGUCAAAUAAAUUACUCUGCAAAAUCUUUGUUGUUUCCUUGUGUGGACUUACUCUGAGUUUGAAUCUCUACUAUAUUGCAAUCAACUACACAACUGCAACAUUUGCUGCUGCCACCACUAAUACUAUUCCUGCCAUAACCUUUCUAAUGGCAGUCUUGUUCAGGAUGGAAUUUGUUUCCAUAAAACAUAAGCAUGGAAUUGCCAAGGUUUUAGGCUCAGUUAUAGGUGUUUCAGGUGCAUUAGUAUUUGCAUUUGUAAAGGGUCCUGCACUGAAGUUCAUGGCAUGGUAUCAACCCAAUUCUGAUCAUCAUAAUCAAGAAUCAUCAAUUAAGGGAUGCUGCUCUAGAGAUUGGAUUAAAGGCUCUCUUCUCAUGAUCACAGCUAAUAUUCUUUGGUCUCUAUGGUUGGUUUUGCAGGGUCCAAUUGUGAAGGAGUAUCCAUCAAAACUACGGCUUACAGCUCUACAAUGCUUCUUUUGCUGCAUACAAUCUGCGGUUUGGGCAAUUGCAGUUGAGAGAAAUCCAACGGCUUGGAAGCUUGGAUGGGAUGUUCAUCUUCUUGCUGUUGCCUAUUGCGGGAUAAUUGUGACAGGAAUUUGUUACUGGGUGCAAGUUUGGACAAUAGAGAAGAAAGGCCCAGUUUUUACUUCAAUGUUUACUCCAUUAGCCCUCAUAAUUACUGCCAUUUUCUCUGCUUUCUUCUGGAGAGAAACCCUUCACUGGGGAAGUGUUGGUGGGGCAAUUUUGAUGGUGGGUGGGCUUUAUGGUGUAUUAUGGGGCAAGAACAAUGAAGAAGGAAGAAAUGUAAAAAUUGAAGAACCUCUUAAUAAAGAAGAAAGUAUAACAUUGGAGUGCAUUACACAUCAGUAAGUGAUGGGAUUGAUGGGAUUGGAUAAAAAUGUAGCAAAUUAGCUUUUAUAAAAACAAAAGGUUGCUAUAUGCUAUUUUGCCACAAAUGGAGAUAGUGGUGAUCAUGAAACCACCAUCUUUGCAUCUAGCAUACUUUGUAGCUAGCUUUCUUGUAUAAUUAUCUUCAAUCUUUUUUUAUUAUUUUGUUUGUUUCUUUUAUUCAUGUACAUAAAUUUUGGUGUUAAAAAAUGGCAAGAAUUGUGACUGAUUAAAUAUUUUUUGAUUCAAUUUGAUGAGUCCAUAAAUUUUCAUGA